CCCUUCCCGUCGGGCGGGCGCGGGAAGCCCGGGCGCGGCAUGGAGCGGGGCGCGCCCGAGGCCGGCCCGGCGCCGCCGCCGCAGGUGCAGUGCCCCGUGUGCCAGCUGGCCGUGCCCGCCGCGGAGGUCAACGCGCACCUGGACCGCUGCCUGCUGCAGCCCGCGCCCAAGCGGCGGCGCCCGUCGGGGUCCGACGGCGGCGACGGGGACGGCGGCGCCGCGCCCGCGCCCCCGGCCCCGGCCGCGCCCCCGGCCCCGACCCCCGCGGGUGCCCCCGGCGGGGCGGCCGGGCUCCGGCAGGCGCUGCAGGGGCGGCCGCUGGCCGACAAGCUGCGUCCCGGCGCGCUGCGGGACCUGGUCGGGCAGAGCCGCGCGCUGGGCCGGGACUCGCUGCUGCGCGCGCUGCUGGACGCCAACGAGGUGCCCUCGCUCAUCCUCUGGGGGCCGCCGGGCUGCGGCAAGACCACCCUGGCCCACAUCAUAGCCAACAACAGCAAGAAGCACGGCGUCAGGUUCGUGACCCUGUCGGCCACCAGCGCCAAGACCACCGACGUGCGUGACGUCAUCAAGCAAGCCCAGAACGAGAAGAGCUUCUUCAAGAGGAAGACCAUCCUCUUCAUCGACGAGAUCCACCGCUUCAACAAGUCACAGCAGGACACCUUCUUGCCUCACGUGGAGUGCGGGACAAUCACGCUGCUCGGCGCCACCACGGAAAACCCGUCCUUCCAGGUCAACGCCGCCCUCCUCAGCCGCUGCCGGGUGAUCGUCCUGGAGAAGCUGUCCGUGGACGCGAUGGUGACGGUCCUGACGCGCGCGCUCAACUCCCUGGGGGUCCGCGUCCUGGACUCCAGCUGCCCCGCGGACCCUCUGAGCCACAGCAGUGACAGCAGUGGUGCUGAGCCGCGCGUGUUCAUCGAGGACAAAGCGGUGGACACUCUGGCCUGUCUCAGCGACGGGGACGCCCGGGCCGGCCUGAACGCGCUGCAGCUUGCGCUGCUGGCCCGGCUGAGCACGGACGGGCCAGCGCCCCCCUCCGGGCUGCUGGUCACGGAGGCGGACGUGAAGGAGGGUCUGCAGCGCUCGCACAUCCUCUACGACCGGGCAGGCGAGGAGCACUACAACUGCAUCUCGGCCCUGCACAAGUCCAUGCGAGGCUCCGACCAGAGCGCGUCCCUCUACUGGCUGGCCCGCAUGCUGGAGGGCGGCGAGGACCCGCUCUACGUGGCCCGCAGGCUGGUGCGCUUCGCCAGCGAGGACGUCGGUGCUCCUGGCCCAGUGCGUGGUCUACUUGGCGCGGGCCCCCAAGUCGGUGGAGGUGUACCGCGCCUACAACAGCGCCAAGGCCUGCGUGCGCAGCCACCCGGGGCCGCUGCCGCCCGUCCCGCUGCACCUGCGCAACGCGCCCACCCGGCUCAUGAAGGAGCUGGGCUACGGCCGGGGCUACGUCUACAACCCGACCGCCCGCGGGCCCGUGCAGCAGGACUACCUGCCCGAGGAGCUGCGCGGCGUGGACUUCUUCCAGCCGCCGCACUGCUGACCGGGGGUGGCGGCCGUGACCAAGGGCCGGUGGCUGCGGGGCCCGCCCCUGCCGCCCGGUGCAGCAGUGCUUUCUGUGCUUGGGGAUGCCAGCGUCGCCCAGUGGAGCCCGUCUCAGAACCUCCGUGUCCUCAGGAGUGACGUCCUGGUGUGGAGCCUCAGUUCCGUCGCGUCUCGU